AUGUCUGAGCAAAUGGUCCCCGACGACUCGACGUCUGUUAUCGUUAACCCCGACGGGACUUACUCGACGUUGCCGUACACAACCAGUGGAGAGAAUGGACAAGUCUAUUUGUCGUUAAAUGACCUGGGAAUCCAGAACGACGGUGAAGAUAUGCUUCUCAUAGCCACAGAUGAGAACUUGGAUAUGGCAACGCUUGAAAAUUUGAUUGCUUCUGGUGCUGUUGCCACAGUAAGCGGAGAAGGUGGUACUGAGUUUUUACAGCUUAGUGACCAGGGAUUAGUCGAUGGAACACAAUUGAUUGAGGUGUCAGACCAAAUGCAGUUUUUUGACCCCGCAACGAAGACUUAUUAUGGUGCUCCUGGUAUUGUUUCUGGCGCCGGAGGAUUUUUAACGCUUGCUGGUGGGCAACCAGGCGGGAUUACUUAUAGAUGUCCUUCCUGUCCUGCCAUGUAUUCUAACGCCAACGCGUUUACUAAACAUAUGCGUGAGAAGCAUUUCGUCAAGGUUUACACAUGUCGACAGUGUGAAGAAUUUUUCGAAACACUCAGCCAACUCUUCUUACAUGCUAGGCGCAGCCAUGUUGAUCCAAAAAAGCCUAAACGCAAUCCAGCUAACUAUAAGUUUCACUGCGAUCAGUGCAACUACAUGACGAACAAUGGCGGCACGAUGGAGCAUCAUAAGCGGGCUCAUACAGGGGAGAAGCCCUUCGUCUGCGACGUGUGCAACAAAAGAUUUGCUCAGAAAGCAAACAUGAAAACCCAUAGAAAUCGUCACAUUUAUCGAGACAAGAUAUUUCGUUGUGACACAUGCAACAAAGCAUUUUCGUCUUACGACAUCUAUUUAGCUCAUUUGAGAACUCGCGAACAUGAACUCCGAGAACACUUUGCUAUGAUGGCUUCUUCUCAGUUAUCCUUAGAGUGCCUGGGCUGUUCACUGACUUUUGACAGCAUCUAUAAUCUUAACAAGCACACAAGAAGCUGUCGAAUUGUUCGUACUUUGCAAACCAAGUUUCGUUGUCUACCGUGCAACGCCUAUGUCAGUGACGUCGCUUCUUUAAAGGCUCAUGUCAAAGCCCACGAAGGAAGUCAUAUUAUAUCCUGUCCCGUCUGUGGCGAACGCGGUUUUCCUGGUUUUAAUCAAUUAAACCACCACAUUACCCGAGCUCACGCUCUCAAGGUGAAUCGGCGUCAUGUUUGCCGGUACUGCGAGUCCACUUUUGAGAUGAAAAAAGACCUCGACGCUCACAUUCGCAGCAUGCAUGCAGAGGAGAGGAACGCCCGUCAGUCAAGAGGCGCCGUUGGUAGGCUUAAGUGUCGCUACAGUCAGUGUGAAUUCACCACAAAUUCCAUCAUGCUUCUUGAUCGUCACCAUGAUCAACACAGGCGACAAGAGGAAGAUGGGGAGGAUACUGCGUCGCUCCCACCCACGCGAUAUUCUGGUGUUAAACGCAGGCGCCCUCGUGGAAGCAAAUUUGACUCGUUGUACGGGGAGGAGGAGGAGAAUGAAGAGGGAGGCGAUUACAUGGAAGGCGAAGAUGAUUUUGAUGUUGAAGACGAUGUUGAUGAUGACUUGGCUCCUGUCGACGAUGGAACAAAUGUAACUCGUCGCACCAUUACAUUAAUCAAAUCGGCCGUUCCAAAACCUAAUGAGGAGGAAGUGAGAAGUGGAGAGGAGGAAGUGAGACCACUAGGUGAAAAGUUGGCGCCUGGUUCCACUGGCUUCACUCCUCAAUCGUCUCUAGCCAAGAAAUCGGCCAAGCACUAUCCUAGUGCUGGUCUCCAGCAGCCGAUGUCGUCCGGUCGACGUCUUGCUCGAGCACGUCGCCUCCCGGCCUGGUACAAGGAUUACGACACAGACUACAUUGGUGCAGGCGACGAAUCAUCCAGUGUAGCCGCCAGCAUCAAAUCCCAACUUCCUGCCGGCAUCGAACUUGCCGAUCCCUCGACUGCUAGUGGAGACGAUGGUGUGCCCACGGAAGAGUGGAAUAUCGUCGUGUACGAUGACGAGGAGCCAAUCGAUAAGACGGAGAAGCAAGAAGAUGACACUGCCCCCUGA